AUGGAGGGCAGGGAGGAGGAGCAGCAGAAGCCCAGUGUUGGUGAUAGAUGGGAAGAUAUACAAGGUCAGCACUCAUGGGAAGGCUUGCUUGAUCCAUUCAAAUCCACUCUCAAAUUCGAGAUACUCAGGUACGGUGAUUUCGCAAGGGUAUGUUAUGAUGCAGUAAUAAACGAGGGAAGUCGAAAAGGAAAUUUGCUGUUACAGGAGUUCGAUAAUUUGCGGAAUUGCGGCUAUGAAAUUACCGAAUCCAUAUUUGUCAGUGUUCCCUCGAUGAUGUCCUACAUAACUCCUGGGCCCGGAAUGAGGACUGUUUGGAGUGGGUUCAUUGCUGUUUGCACCAACGAAAAUGAAUAUAGGAAACUUGGACGGCACAAAGAAGAAUCCCUCUCUAAAUACAGUGUAAGAGACAUCAUUCAGAGUGAGAUUUCAAGGUUAUUGGAAAUCUUUGCCUUCGCCUCCCCGCGCGUGGGAAACCAAGCCUUCACCUCUCAUAUGGAAAAUAUUGGAGUUAAUGUGUUGCGGGUGGUACUGAAGGGCGAUUUAAUUACGAUGUUUCCUUCAGGGAUCGUUGAUUGGAAUAGAGAGGAACACUGUGAUGUGGGCACUGUGAUUUCUCUGGACCCCAACUCGUCCGGUGAGUUGAAACUGUGGAAAAUUGAUGCUAUGGGUCGCCAUGAUUUAGAUCGUUCUGCAACAAACACUAUUUCCAGGAAUGUCCCCACGGCAUGCAGAUAG